GCCUGUGAUAGUAAAGUUCAAUCCGAACUACCGUUUCUAAGAAAAUAUGACGAACAUGUAAAUACCUCGUUUAUGAGCUAUCUAUAUACGUUCAUGACGAUUUAUCGGUUUAAAAAGGUCUUACACAGUAAAACCAAUGCGAGAAACGAGUGGAAAAUGUUAGGCGUAGAGAGAGAUGCGUUUUACGAUGGGUGGAUGAAUAUACUGUUCGAUUUUCAAACAAAAUUUUAUUCUCUUAAUCCCUCAUAUUGUACUUUUGUAGUCCCAAGCUUUACAUGUCUUUAAAAAUUAUCUUACGGUAUAUAAGUGAGCGUUGAAAACGAAAACCAAAGCAUCUGAAGCGGUUGGAAAGAACAAAAGAUGAUAUCACGGGGAACAGCGACCGCUCAAAGACCUCAAAGGCAAAACGUGUUACAUGAUCACAGUCACCCUGAAACUUGACUGGAAUGUUACCGAUGUUCCUAAACCGAUUCCAGCCAGCUACACCACAAAGGUUCCCAACGGAACUUUUCUGAUUGACAUUAUGAACAAAGCUGCUGACAACGAGAAGGAAGGCCCUUUUGACAAAUACAAAAGCACUUACUACAGCGUCAUGGGAUAUUUCAUCACCUCCAUAAAUGGCACAGAAAACAAUCCUGACAAAAGCUCGUACUGGAUGAUUUAUGAUGAGCAAACUGGAGCUUCACUAAGAUGUGGAGUGAGCUCGUACCUGCCUUCUAACGACUCCACCACUCUCUUCCGAUUUACUAAACUUCCAAGUGACUCGAGUCAUGGUAAUAAUGCGAGUACUAGUGGACGCUGUAAAAAGCAUUCCAAUCUACCGACACCAUCAUCUGCGAUCACAAUUACAAUUGGAAUGGACUGGAAUCCGGAAGUUAUUAAAAAACCCGUUCCUCCCCCCUAUUCCACCAAAGUGGCCAGUGGCACGACUCUCAGAGAAAUCAUCAACAAAGCUGCGGAUAAAAAUCCCAAGGGUCCUUUCAAUAAAUAUACAUCCACCUAUUAUGGUGGACAGGGGCAUUUCAUCACUUCCAUGAACGGUGCUAAAGAGGAUUCUACCAAGGACUGGCAGUGGAAGAUUUACGACAAAGCCACUGAAAAACUCAGCGCACCCUUUGUAGAUCAGUUCAAACCACAGGACGGCUCAGCUACGAUCCUUAAGUUUAUCACAAGCAAGGAAUCUGAGCAGGAGUUCAACUCUAGUGGAGAAUUUGUUGGGAUGGGAUUGGUAUUCCUGUGCAUCUCAGCCAUUGUGGAAGGCCUGCUGUUUUUGUAACUUUUAAAGGUUAAAAAAAAAAAACGCCUUGAUUACGUAAUGGCUCUAGUCAAAGAAUCAAUUUCAAGUACUACGCAAACCUUUUCACGGUGGAAUUUUAGUAGUACGCUAGCAUUACAUUGUAUUUCUAGAUUUUGAGGUGUAGAAAACUUCCGUCGUUAAAGUUACACAUUUAGCUUUCUACGGUGUUUUACAAGUAAUUUCAAGAAAAUACUUAAAUGCUUUUGGAUGCAAUUUUAGAUAUAGUCAGUUGACUUUUAUAACGAAUGUAGUAAGGCGUCGAAAAGAAAAACUUUUGUGGCUUUUCGUAGUUUUGUUAGGCUUUGUAAUCUUUGUAAUCUUCAAACGUGUUUAAUCUUCGUUGAAUUUCGCUUUUUUCAGUUAUUUUAUGAGAAGAAUAAAAUGGUGAAAGAUAUA